AUGGGUGCGCGCCGCCGCCGCGUCACGUGGCCGCACCGUCCAAUGGGCGCGCGCCAGAGAGCCCCUCCCUUGCACACGUGCUUCUCGCGUUGUCGGGUCCGCGUGGCUGUCUCCCCUCUCGUGUCCGACGUUUCAACCCUCCCGCCACCAGCCUCCCGGUCACCGGCUCUCAUCUCAGCCAUGUUCCUCAGCAAAGUGGCCAAGGCUGCUCGCCUGUGCGGCGCGGCCCCGCUCAGCACCCUCAGCCGAGGCGGAACGACGCGGCUGCUGCCGCUGUCCGGCUCGCGGGCCCCAUGGCCCGCGCCGCCUCAAGGCCGCGCCUGGGCUUGGGCCGCGCCGUGCAGCGGACUCAUCCCGCGGGUGCCCGGCAGCCUGUCGUGUGGCUGCGGCGGCCUCCACACGGAAAGUGACAAAGCCUUCACCGAGUUCCUCAAGGACGAAAUCAAGGAGGAGAAGAACAUCCAGAAGCACAAGGCGCUGCCCAAGGUGGCCGGCUGGGAGAUCGAGUUCAACGGCACCGAAGCCAAGCUGAUAAAGAAGCUCCAGGGCGAGACCAUUACGGUGACAUUUAACAUCAACAACAGCAUCCCCCCGAACGCAGAUGAGCCUGCAGAAGAGAAAAAGGAUGAGAGUGAGGAGCCCGACCUGGUGUCCACGCCCAACUUCGUGGUGGAGGUCAACAAGAGCAACUCCAAGUUGAACCUCGUAUUUGACUGCCACUACCCAGACGAUGAGAUUGCGCACGGAGAAGAGGGUGAUGAGGAUGGAGACAUCUUCGCCAUCCGGGAGGUGAGCUUCCAGCCGACGGCCGAGGGCGAGUGGAAGGACACAAGCUACACGCUCAACACGGACACGCUCGACUGGACGCUGUACGACCACAUGAUGGACUUUUUGGCGGACCGCGGGGUGGACAACACGUUUGCAGAUGAGCUGGUGGAACUGAGCACGGCGCUGGAGCACCAGGAGUACAUCCACUUCCUGGAGGAGCUCAAUGGUUUUGUCAAAUGCCAGUGAAUUUGAGAAAGUUCGAUGAAAUAUAAUGAAAGUUAUAAAAUAUAAGCAGGAAGUUACACAACAAAAUACAAGUAUGUUUCUGAGAUAAUUAGGUUCAGCGUAAUUUAGUUUGAUCUCGAAUAAGAUGAUGCGUCUCUUACUGUAUCGUGUCGUUAUGUUUCAAACUUGCUGUUUUUUACAAAAAAAAUGUCAUGUUAAUCUGUCACGGUCUCGCAAAGGCAGACAGCUAUUUCUAAUACUGUGCCGUUCUGCCUGCUAUAAGCAAUUAUUUAUACGCAACUAAAGAAAAAACUAUCCCCAUUUCUGCCACUGUGUUGCCUGUAACGGAGCUCAGCUUUUGUCAUCAUCAUUUGUUGUCUGUAUUCAAUAAAAAAAACUUCGAGCCACA